AUGGCUAUAUUAAAAUUGUUAUUCGAGAACAGCGCCAUCUACGAAAAUGCUUACAAACUAUUGGAACCGAAGAAUAGUGUCGCGGAUUCGUCUAGCCUGACACCCGUAAAGCCUAGACUCGGGAAAUUUGUGGAUGUUUACUCGCCCGAGCAUCUAAAUAUAACACCGCGACCCAAGCCGAAGCUUAAAUUCACUGAAGCCAGGGAUGAGAGCCCAAAUUUUGUCACCCCAGAGAAAUACAUUGAAGUUGAUUUCAAAUGCAGAACUGCAAAGGCCCAAGAUCGGCACCGGAAUGUGUUUAGCAACUGUUCCUUUGAAGGUAAUCAGAGCUUUCCACGCCUGAGCCGCAAGGUGCGGCCUAUGAUCAUGGAGCUGGAAACACCCACCAAAGUGAAGCAAGCUGUUGAUCUUGUGAGAGUGGAUGGACCAAAUGGGCUUAGAUUCAACACAUCUUUAGCACCUGAUGUAGCAGGAUCCCCGGCCCCAUCUCAGACUGAGCGUCUUCAACAGACCAUUAACCCGAGCAAGGCUGUCUUCACCAUUGAACCUAAUACUUUGAAGAUUCUCAUAGUGAACAACAAAGCAUGCUCCUUAUUGGGCUAUUCAUCAGGAGACCUAUGUGGACUUCGUUUCUCUGACUUGCUGAGAAACAGGAACUGCAAAGCAUUCAGCUUACAUGAGCCAGAGGACUGUGAUGCAUCUGAAGAUGGAACCGUUGUGUUGCUUAGUGGAAAGGUAGUAGAACUAAUAUCUAAAGACGGUGGGUCGGUACAAGUGUCGCUGUGGAUAAGGCAGCUGGAUAACGAUGGUCCGUGCUUAGUGGUCGCUGAACCCGUCAACUGUAAGAAUGUUGUGUUAACAGUAGAAGCGGACACAGGUAUAAUCCUGGCUUGUGAAGGAGAUUCAGCGGCCGCGUUGUUCGGGGCGGAGUCGCGGGACAAGCUUGUCGGAGUUCCACUCGCGUCCCUCAUACCUAACGCGAGGCUUCCAUCUUAUGACGCGCCUAUGCCGAAGAAUAUGGCGAAGCAGAAACUAACAGGGAGAACACUAGAUGGUGGAUGUUUCCCGCUCUGUCUGUGGAUAUCGAAGCCAGACGUCACAGACAACUCGUUGUGGCCAACUGUAUGUGGUGUCAAAACUCAUAGACCUGUGUUUGAAGUCAAUGUUAGGGUCACAUACAACGUCAGUGGUCUACUAGUUGUCGACGAGAGUGGUAUAAUAACAGCGUGCAACCACCACUUCGCUAUGCUGACGUUCGGGAAACCACAUUCUGAAGUAAUAGGCCACCAUAUCGAAGAUGUUAUACAAAAUUUCUGCCAAGAAGCUGAUAUUGUUAAGAUACCAGAACGUAACAGAAAUAUGACUUUGUCCCCUGUUAAUAAUGAGGAUAAUGGAUCAGCAUCAGACACUGACGAAGAUUCAUGCGGAGCAUUCAACGGCAGUCAGAAAUCAGCUUGCAUGUCGUUAAACGUCCAUCCCUCCAUACUGUCCACCACGCGGGAGAAAUCGUCCAGUGCACUGUGUCUCGACAAAUCCUGUAGCAUGGUCACCCACACCCCCACCCCCACGCAAGACAUGGUAUCAAGCAUUAGUACUACAGAACAACGAAACGACAUAUCCGCCCUACCUGACGUCACUUCGGGGAUGUCAGGAAUAUCUAUAGAUGACGAAAAUUAUUGUCACAGCAGCAUAUCGAAGUCUCGCUCAGAGAAUAUUCUCCGGUCUGAGCAGAGCAACCCUACUAGACCAGUGGCCAAGCCAUCGGAGAAGUCUGACUCUAUAUACUACACUUCACAGCAUUCGCAAGAAGUAACACCGACUGGAACUACUCCUAGAGUUAGACUCAACGAUCCUUCUUUGAGGUUAUCAUUCGAUUCUAGCAAAUAUAGAUCUCUUAAAGCGAAUUUACCUGGGAAAGAUGACAAAACGAGUCUCUCUUUGGACUUUUGUGACUCUAAUGAGACUAGUGCGGACUUCCUCACUCCUAUAAACGAGAUGCCGCCUCCUGGUUGCGAGAUUGAAGACUUGCCGAAACACAAUGGCAACGAGAGCGUUGACAGCUUGAGCAAUGAAAACGACUUGGAGACACAGACUGAAUCUGCUCCGAGGAAAUUAUAUUCAGAUGAUGCCCCCGAAACCCCCUGCGUGGCGAAGCGCAUGGUGCGUACAUUGGUGAUGACGUCAACCCCGCAACACGCUCGCAACAAGCCGGACUGCGAGGCCGGACCCGACACUGCGCGGGACGGGACCUACCGGGGGGUCGUACUGCACAAGGACGGCACUCAGCUUAACGUUUUGUACACGGUGUCGAGUAUGCAGCUGGGCGGGGCCGGCGCGGUGGGCGGAGCCGGCGGGGCGGGGCCAGGACCGCGCGUGCGCUGCGUGUGGCUGGGGGUACAACUGGAAGAUGCACGCAGACAUACUACGCUUGCUUCCAGCGUCGCUUCUACUGCCGACAACUCUUUGAUACUCGGUAACAAGUCGGCAGGCAGUAGACCUCAGUCAAUGUCUCUAGUAAGCCAAUGCGGUGACGAGCAAGUAUCCGGCGAAUACAACAAACAUUACGUCACACUAAAACAAAUUGGUAAAGGAGCAUACGGAUGUGUAAAAAUGGCAUACCGUCGUUCCGACCGUCUACUGACAGUUGCCAAGUUUAUUCUCAAAGAGAAGGUCGGAGCACAGUUCUGGGUCGACGCUCCGGACGGACGCCGCGUACCGUUGGAACUGAGUUUGUUGCUCACACUCAAACAUCCUAAUAUUGUGAGUGUUAUAGAUGUGUUUGAGAACGAAAAAUACUUUCAAAUGGUGAUGGAAAAGCAUGGCGCAGGUAUGGAUCUAUUUGAAUUCAUUGAACGAAGACCAAGACUCGACGAGCCGCUGCUCAGUUAUAUAUUUAGACAGAUAGGACAAGCAGUAGAAUACCUGCACUCUUUAAACAUCUUACAUCGUGACAUCAAAGACGAGAAUGUCAUCAUUGACAACAAAUUCCACGUCAAACUGAUAGAUUUCGGUUCAGCAACGUUUAUGAGCAAAGACACUCUGUUCUCCACCUUCUACGGUACUACAGAAUAUUGCAGCCCUGAAGUAUUAGCAGGGAACAAGUAUGCAGGUCCUGAAUUGGAGAUGUGGUCAAUGGGGAUAACUUUAUAUGUCCUCACAUUCUUUGUUAACCCGUUUUCGGACAUCGAAGACACAAUACAGGGACCGCUAGCGUUCCCGCAAGUGGUUUCUGAAGAUUUGGAACAGCUUCUCCGCUGGAUGCUAUGCAAGGAGCCAGCGAGUCGGUGUACGAUAUCUCAGUUAAUGGCGCACCCUUGGAUUAGACAGCCUGUCGUCAUUGCCAACUACGUCUUCCACGAAAUUGUGGACUGUGAUCGGCAUGAAGCGAAUCCUGAAAUGUACUACAGUGGCAGUCUAGGAUCGCCGCGUAGUGGAUCUCCGGUGUCAUUAGCUGAUCCGAUGGUCAAAGAACGUUCAAAUCCUUCAGAAGUGGCAAUAAGGUCGGACGGCAAGAAUUUAUCACGGGACGAGCCCAAGCGUAACUCCCUGGCACUGCACGCGUUGUCCACAGCCGAUCGAGACGCGCAGUCCGACAACUAUAGUCUACGGUCGUCCGCCGAUAUCCUGGAUAUAUCAUCAAAGCCAGUGUCAGAAGCUGCGCUAACUGACAUCAGUUCGGACGCUACCGGCCACGCUGCCUGCGACAUAGACUACGAUUGCGACCAAUACGAGUGCGACAGCUGGGACGAGUGUGAGCAGGACAGCUUCUCUUAAUCGCGCCUUUCACUCGCACCUUGACAAUUGGGUAUAUAAGCUCCGCCUACUUUGAAUUCUUUGGAAAUACAAGCGUUGACCGUCUGUAUUUGUCAGAUAAUUGUUAGACUGUGACAUUACCGUAUUGAAGGUAAAUUGAUGUGAAUGUAUGUAAACAAAUUAACAUAAAAGGAAGGUAUAUAAAUCAAUGGUAAAUUGUUCAAACCGAACUUUGACAUCAUCGUUAUUUCUUAGCGGUUAAAGUUGAUUUUCAAAUGUUAUAAGUAUAUGCAUUGAAUAGAAUAUUCGGACGUAAAAAAGUAAUCAAAUUGUAAUUUGUAAUGACUAACUUAAAACGAAAACAAAUCAUUGCAAUUUUUGCUACACCCUGUGUUUGAGACUUAAUGUGGGCUAUGGUGUUCAUUGAUAAUCGUAAGAUUGAAAGAAUACUGAAAUCGUAUGAGACACAAGGUAUAAUGUUAUUGUAUGUAUUUAAAAUAUUAUGAUUAUAAUUAUUAUGUAUUACUGUAUUAAUUGUCGUUUAUGUGUCAAUGUCACGAAAAUGAUCUUUAUUUCAAUAAGUAUUGUGUUCCUUUUUGUGUAAAGAUAAACGUGAACCAUGUUGUUAGGGUUGUGUCGAAAUGUAUAAAAUAAUAUAUUAAAUACUAUCCAUUUAUGCAAAUUCAAGUAACUAUCUUGCUAACUAACAAACUUAACCUAUCAAACAAAAUUUAUUGCUGAACAGUAAUAGCCGUAAAUCUACCUUCCUUAUAUCCGCUGAGUAGUUCUUUAAAUUCGAGCAAAAAUGAGACCAAAAUUCUAGAUAGUCGUAGUUUGUCUUUGUAGUCAUAAAUUUAACUCUCUAUAAAAAUGCCUGAUGAAUUUUUAGUACGUAAAUUAAAUUAAUAUUUUUUGGUUAACACAAUUAAAAUCAUUAAAUAAUAUC